GCUCGUGGGGCUCCAGCAGCCAAUCAGGUUAAAGCAAAGGGAGGAACAGGUUUCCGGCGGCCGGCCUAAUGAACGACGAUACAACCCUGGUGUAAAAGACGAAGAGAAGAAGCAGCACAAUAUAACGGCUUACCUCUCCUUGUUACGGCCGUUAUCUACCAUGCUCUAACUCAUCACUACUUAACAUCCCAAGUGUUGGCAUUUAUACUGACAUGGCAUCUGUUUACUGAGCUGCUCCAUCUUCAGCCACUGCAAGCACCAAGCGCUGGUGUGUGAUUACCAAUUGAAUGAGACUGACCUCCAUCACCAUGGAAACAGAAACAGAAGUUAUUCCUAUCUGGCAGAAUAAGCCUCAUGGAUCCACCCGUAGUGUUGUGAGAAGAAUAGGUUCAACCCUUCCUCUCAGACCUCCACAGAGGGCAUGUUUUCAGGAACUACCAGGCCUACCCACUCUCCGACCUAUGGAUGGUCCAGUGGUUCCUUCUUUGGCAGACAUAGCCUGGAUUGUUGCAGAUGAAGAAGAGACGUAUGCCAGAGUGCGGAGUGACAGUCGUCCUCUGAAACAUGAGUGGCGGCCCACGCCUCUCCUGGUGCUCCACAGGAACUCAUCUGUGCCCAACUUCCGCCGUGAGGGCAAAAGGGUGGAAGGGCUAAGGAAGCCCGGGGUGACAGCGCUGAACCGUACUACCGCCCUGCAGGACGAGCUCAGCAGGCUGCGAUCACAGAUCGCCAAGAUUGUGGCAAGUGAUUCUGGCUCCAACCCUAUGACCCCAGACCUUCUCUCCCCUGAUGACACAAGCAUGAGCUUUUCCAUGGCACCCUUUGAGACAGCGCCCUACCAGCCCGCCGCCACAGCUCCUGCUUCCUUUGUCAUUAGCGAUGUCACAGAGGAGGAGGAAGAAGAAGAAGAGGAGGAGGAAGAUGAGAAAGAUGUAGUCUCUGUGGUGUCAGAGCUCAUCCCUGACCCUUUACCACCUGUUUCAAUGACCGCAUCUGCGACCUUUGACCUGGACAGACCGAGCAUGGACUUCCGGGAGGCAGAGGAGGAUACAGUGUCACUAUCAAAAUCCACCAGCUUUGCUGAUGUCAUGGAUAUUCUGAAGGAUAUGAACCGUAUGAAGAUGAGCAAAGACAGUAGAUACAACAGAGGCUGUACGUCCCUCAGAGAAGAGGACUCCGCCACUCUGAUUUCUGAAGCCCUGAGGAAAAAGUUUGUCUUGAAGGAAGAGGACACUGCCGCUGUGAAACGGAAGUGAUCACGUGUAUCUCACCAACACCAAUCCUGCUGCUCCAUGCCUAUGCCUGUGGAAUAUGUACCCAUGGAUCCACAACCCUUUCUCCUCAGACCCACAGCAGAAGCUGUCUGCCAGAGUUGGAACAAAAAACACUUAAUCCCAGACAGUCACAACUAAAUGUGAACUUGACAGUGCUGAUGGAGUGUGAGGGGGAAACAGCAAAGACUUGAUGAAGUUAUCAGAUUCAGCACUGCAUUGUACAUCGCAUUCAGUCUGUUUUUCGCUGCAAAAAGGCUUCUAUGUUUCACUUUUUCUUAAUAAGGGACUCAACAGACUGUUAUGCUGUCCAGACACUUGCUGUGUGUGCAGGCUGUUUUUGAUCCUUAAUGCAUUUUAUGCAGAUGUUAUGACACAUUAUGAAACUCCUGACAUCCUAACAAUUACAGCAGUUUCCGGACUUUAAUAUUUUCCCUUUAAACAGCCUUUUAUCUAUCUUGCCAUUGAACAGAGCCAUUGUUUGCGUUUUAAUUAUCCCAAAAUAAUCCUUUUUAUUUCUUUAAAAAAAAAAAUUCAGAUAUGUAAAGAAGUCCUCUAACAUACUUGAAAACAUUGUGUACAAAUGAAACAGGUCAAGUGUACAUGCAGAGAUAGCUUAUCAGAGUGUGUGUUUGUGUGUGCUGGGAAAUAACUUCAGAUCUUUACACUACAUGUUGCUUGCCUCACUGCACCUCUUAUGCCAGCCUGCCCUCUUGUUUGUGAUUGAUAUAUUUAGAUUGAUAGUGACUGAACCACCAAUAGUACUUUUUUUUUUAUGUGUUAGCGAAAUCUGCAACUCUCACUGUUUGCAGCUGCUUAAGUGACCGCAACACACCUAUACAAUUCUUUAUAUUCAAAAUUCCCUCUGUGCUGAUUGGUAGAUGAAACCACCUUUUAUGGUGUUUCUAAAUGCUCACAAGGAUCUCAGUUUAGGCAGGAAAACCUUAGCUUCGUGUAAGAGUGCUUUUAUGUCAUUCUGCAUGUAGUUUUGGCAAGUCAUUGGUAAACUGCUUGUGUGAGUCAUGACAAUAACAAUGAAUAAUCUAAAUGACGCCUUACCACAGAACUAUUGCCUGUUUCAAUGCCUGGUUUUAUCCCCAAAUUAGUCCAAGUGCCAUGUGUUUGUUCUGCUUACCCCACUCAAAUGAUGUCCUCCUGCCUUCCACAUGUUUAACAAGAUUCCUACAUUUUCAUUUUUCCAAUAUACAGUGAAAGAUAACGUUGACAUUUGGUCGCUGAGUGUUAAAAAUAACUGUCGCUGUUUUUUCACUUUUAUCGCUGCAAAUAUCACUCCUACUGUUUUCCUCCUUUUCAUGUUCAUGCCUACGUGAUUGGGAAUUCUGCUGCGUCACUUUUUCAGAGUGAUAAAUCACUGCUUUGGUAUCAGUUUGGAUUGAUCAAGAAUGUGCCCAUUAGUGUGUCUGUGUGAAAACAACUUGGUGUGGUUUUUUUGUCUUGCUAGAUCAUAUUGCUGGUUCAUUUUCCCAUCAGUGGAAAGGAUGGAGUAAAAAAAGAAGUUUUCUGGGAAAAGUACCUUGUGCAAAUUUAAAUAUCUUCACUUUUUGUUUUGUACUUGAGAUGUUGACCUUACUCAAAGUGCAACGCUAAUCCCAAUACGUUUAAAGGGAAUGUAGUCAUUUCCAGCAACUUUUAUUAUUCCAGAUUGUUUUAAAUUUCCCGUCUUUGUAACCUUGUGAACGGUUGAGCCCUAAAACACCACCUGUAUGUUUUUUUUGUUCUUCUUUUUGUCAUUUUGGGAUUUGUAAAUAAAGAUUUGAUUAUGUUUUGAA